AUGUGUUAUUUACAGCAGCAGCAUUCUAGCAGCAUCUCGUCGUUGCUAGCCGCACUGAAGCAAUCGACACAGGCCAGAGAUCUUACUGCCGGGAAACUCAUUCAUGCGCUAGCCAUCAACACCGGCCGGGACUCAAACAUCUAUGUCGCAAACUCGCUCGUCAACAUGUAUGCCAAGUGUGCCUCAUUGCUGGAAGCUCAAAGACUUUUCGAGAGGAUGGCACAACGCAGCACAGCCUCGUGGAACACCAUGCUGCUGGCAUUUGCCGACAACGGGCAUUUUGAUCGGGUUUUUGAGCUCUUCACACUGAUGCAGCUCGAGGGCUGUGACGUAAACUCCCGGACUUUGGUGGCAUGCCUCAAGGCCAAGUCGAGCUCGCGCUCUCGGGAUUGGUUAGCAUGGACAGGAAUGGAAAUUCACUCGAGAGCUUUGGAGCUGGGCCUGGAGCUCGACUUGUUCGUGGCGGUGGCAUUGGUUGAGAUGUAUUCUAGAUCUGGGAGCAUGGACAGCGCAUUCAGAGUUUUUGAGAACAUCAAAGAUCGCUGCGAAGUUGGCUCUUGGAACGCUUUGAUGCUCGGGUUGCGUGUGUUCCAAACGCACAAACUUUCAUAG